UUUAUACUUUUGCCGAUAGGUGGCGUGCUAACCUAUCGCCGUUGGAGCUGCCGUGGUAUGAGCACUGAUUGGGUAGCGCUUCCUUCACUGUGGGAGGUUCCCACAUCACCUCCCACCCCCUGUAGAUGUUUGCUCAGAUGUUGAAGCGAGCAAGGAAAUGAAUGGGGCAGCUGGAGUGCGUAGUUCUUGCGGUAGGCUGUGGCAGCGUGGCAGACAAUACUAUGACAGGGAUUGCGUCAACUGGAGGGUUGAAGAUUUUGUUCCAGCCAUCAAUCCUAUUGAGGCUGGAGGCCAGCUUGACCCUAUCAGUUGAUACUGUGAUGGACCUCCAGCACAUGAGGAGUUGCAAUGUCUUCUCUCUCUGUGAGAGUACUUGGUCCGGCAAUCAGUGUGUUGGUGAAAGACCAAGGGGUUCCAAGGAAAAACGUGUCCUCAAAACAAAAUCCAACAGUGAACCUGUCAAUAGAAGCAAGAACAGGCAUCAUGUUCUCCACAAGAACUGCUGUGAGUCAUCAGAUCAUACCACAUGUUCUACAUGUGGCAAGAUAUACAAGAACACAGCAAAGCUAGAUUUCCAUAUAAAGACACACGUAUCUCCAAAAGUAUUCAACUGUGCCACUUGUGAAAAAGUAUUUCUAUCAAACAAACAGCUCACAAGCCACAUGAAAACACACACUAAAGAACGUCCAUAUAUGUGUGAGAUUUGUAAUAAAUCAUAUAAACGGAAGUAUGAACUAACAGGUCACAAGAAAGUUCACACUGGUACAAAGAGUCAUGUUUGUGAUAUCUGUGGCUAUGCUACCAUGUACAAAGCUUACUUAGAGAUUCACCACAAGAGACAUUUCAGUGAAUUCCGUUUCAAGUGUCACUUAUGUAGUAAGGGUUUCUAUACAAAUUUUGAACUGCAGGCACAUAGCAAUGUCCAUACAGGUGAAAAACCCCAUCAGUGUGACAUAUGUGGCAAGGCAUUCUUAUACAAGGCCAACCUGCUCACUCAUCAACGGACAAACCACCCAGAUAUGCAGAAGGAUGCAAAGCGCUUCCAGUGUGAGACAUGUGGAAAGAGCUUCCCUUAUAAGAAGAACUUAAUGUCACACCUCAGUUCCCACACAGGUGAAACUCAGUUCUUGUGCGAUGUAUGUGGAAAAUCACUGACCAACAACCGUUCCCUGAAACUGCAUAGACGCUUACACACCGGUGAGAAACCCUGCAUCUGCACUGUAUGUGGGAAGGCAUUCACUAAGAGCUUCACUCUGAAAGUGCAUCAGCUCACCCAUACAGGACAGAAACCCCACUCGUGUGAUAUCUGUGGCAAGUCAUUCACACAGCGCUCCACUUUGGUUGUGCACAAACGGUACCACACAGGGCAGAGACCUUAUCAGUGUCAGAUAUGCAACAAGGGCUUUGUGUCCAAGACAUUGCUCAGCACCCACCAGAGGAGUCAUGACAAAAGCUGCUGCUUCUCUCAAUGAAAUAUUUUUAUUUUCC